CCAAAAGCCACCCUAAUAUAUUUUUCCAUAGUUUUUUUAGAUGAUUACAAUAAGCCUAAUUUAAAAUUAGUUUAGAACCAUCAACCGUGAUCUGUGAUAUGAUCUUUAUUCAGGUUGACCUCUUCAUUUUGAAUCUGGAUGGUAUAAGAUCCAGAUUCAUUUUUUGGAAACAGUUCUUUGCCUUACUGUGUAACAUUUAUAAAUAAGGUUGCUGUUUUUACACAUUUCAACACAAUAUCAAUAAUUUCUAUUUCUUCUUGUAGUGUAAUUUUCUGGUCUGAACAGAAAAGGGCCAGAAAAAAAAAUGAGUCGUCGAAUCGGGGAUGAAGGCGUUGAGACUGCAUUUUCGUCUCGUAGAAAUGAGUCCUUACCACCACUUCAUAGUGUUGGAAGACCUGAAAAACAAUCCAUUUGGAAGGAUUUAGGGGAUACAAUAAAGGAGACAUUUUUCCCCGACGAUCCAUUGAAAACUUAUAAAGAUCAGCCUGUUUCGAAAAAAUUUGUCCUUGGUUUACGUGCUGUUUUUCCCAUUUUUGAUUGGGGAAGACAAUACAAUUUUACUAAAUUUAGACAUGAUCUUAUUGCUGGAAUUACCAUCGCUAGUCUUUGCAUUCCACAGGAUAUUGCUUAUGCAAAGCUUGCUUAUCUCUCUCCUGAAUACGGAUUAUAUAGUAGCUUUGUUCCUCCUCUUAUUUAUGCGUUCAUGGGGAGUUCAAGAGAUAUAGCAAUUGGUCCUGUGGCUGUGGUCUCGCUCCUGCUUGGGACUGUCCUUAGUGAAACUAUUGAUCCUGAGACAAAUCCUGUUGAUUAUACUCGACUUGCUAUCACCGCUACCUUUUUUGCUGGUAUUACUCAGGCCACACUUGGCUUCUUCAGACUGGGGUUCUUAGUGGACUUUCUGUCUCAUGCCGCAACGGUUGGAUUUAUGGCUGGAGCUGCAGUUACCAUAGCUCUUCAGCAGCUAAAAGGCUUGCUAGGCAUCAAGAAAUUCACGAAAGAAACUGAUAUCGUCUCUGUUAUGCACUCCGUGUUUAGCCAAGCUCACCAUGGGUGGAACUGGCAAACAAUAGCUAUAGGCAUCUCCUUCUUGGCUUUCCUCUUGUUCACCAAAUAUAUUGGCAAGAAAAACAAGAAAUUGUUUUGGGUGCCUGCAAUGGCUCCCCUAACCUCGGUCAUUUUAGCUACUCUUAUCGUGUUCCUCUCGCGUGCAGAUAAGCAAGGGGUUCAAAUUGUGAAACACAUAGACCAAGGCAUCAACCCUCCAUCAGCUGGUAAGCUUUUUUUGACGGGUCCUUACCUUGUGAAAGCCAUCAAAGCUGGUGCCAUUGCUGGUGUAAUAGCUCUAACGGAAGCAGUGGCUAUUGCGAGAACAUUUGCUGCUUUAAAAGACUAUUCCAUUGAUGGAAACAAAGAAAUGCUUGCCCUUGGUAGCAUGAAUAUUGUCGGUUCAUUGACAUCGUGUUAUGUGGCUACUGGAUCAUUUUCUCGGUCUGCUGUCAAUUACAUGGCUGGGUGUCAGACAGCAGUCUCUAACAUAGUCAUGUCAAUGAUUGUUUUCCUAACAUUGAUGGUCAUCACACCUCUGUUUAAGUACAUUCCAAAUGCCAUUCUUGCUGCUAUCAUUAUAUCCGCUGUGGUUAACCUUGUUGAUAUCGAAGCUGUAAUUCUGCUAUGGAAGAUUGAUAAGUUUGACUUCAUAGCUUGCAUGGGAGCAUUCUUUGGAGUGAUCUUUAUUUCUGUCGAGAUUGGCAUCUUGAUUGCGGUCUGCAUUUCUUUCUUCAAAAUUCUUUUGCAAGUGACGAGGCCCAGGGUAGCUCUACUCGGAAACCUCCCUGGAACUACACUUUACAGGAAUAUUCAACAGUAUCCAGCAGCUUCAACAAUCCCUGGUGUUCUGAUUGUUAGAGUUGAUUCUUCGAUGUAUUUCUCGAACUCUAACUACGUAAAGGACAGGAUUCUGAGAUGGCUGUCUGAUGAAGAAGAGCUAAACAAAGAAAGCAACCUCCCAAGAAUUCAACAUCUGAUUAUUGAUAUGUCGCCUGUGAUUGACAUUGACACCAGUGGUAUCCAUGCUUUAGAAGACCUUAAUAAAAGUCUUCAGAAGAGGGAAAUUCAGCUUAUUUUAGCAAAUCCAGGACCUGUUGUUAUGACAAAACUUCACGAUUCCAAGUUCGUCGAUAUAGUUGGACAAGACAAUAUAUAUCUAACCGUCGGUGACGCUGUACGAAAAUGCAACCGAUCAAAGAAAUUAGAAGAACCUUGAUUGUACUCAUAUUGUGGUGGAAGAAUAGAAUGUGUUUACAACAAAAGAGCCAAUGUAUCAUUUUGUUCUGAAUCGAACAUCACAACUGUAAAAAUGUAUCAUUGGAAUUUAUAGAGGUUCAGCUUACCAUGUGCUAUAUAAACAGUGAUAUUAGUAUAUAAUAUCAUCUGUAAUUUAUUUUCUUUUACAUUUUUACAUAUAUAUAAUUUCUACCUAAUACUUGUUUGUAUUAUAUGUACUAACAUAGAGUUGCUACUUGCUACUCAUUUUCAUCUUUGAUGAUGGAAUGAUAUUUUGAACAUAAUGUUGACCUUUUAAGGUUCACAA